GACGUGCCAGAGCAGCGGAGCAUGGAGUACCCCAAGCUCUAUGAGCCCGGGCAGCUGAACCUGCUCUUCAACAAGCGAGAGUUCUUCAUCUGCAUCGCCCAGGGCAUCUACACCUCUGUCCUCAUGUUCUUCAUCCCCUACGGUGUCUUCGCUGAUGCCACCCGUGACGAUGGUGCCCAGCUGGCUGACUACCAGUCCUUUGCCGUCACUGUCGCCACUUCCCUGGUGAUUGUCGUCAGCGUGCAGAUCGGGCUGGACACGGGCUUCUGGACGGCCAUCAACCACUUCUUCAUCUGGGGCAGCCUGGCCGCCUAUUUCGCCAUCCUCUUUGCCAUGCACAGCGACGGCCUCUUCCAGAUGUUCCCCAACCAGUUCCGCUUUGUGGGUAAUGCGCAGAACACGCUGGCCCAGCCCACGGUCUGGCUGACCAUCGCCCUCACCACCGUGGUCUGUAUCAUGCCCGUCGUGGCCUUUCGCUUCCUCAAGCUGGACCUGAAACCUGAACUCUCGGACACGGUCCGCUACACUCAGCUGGUACGGAAGAAGCAGAAGACCCAGCACCGGUGCAUGCGGCGCGUGGGGCGCGUGGGCUCGCGCCGCUCUGGCUACGCCUUCUCCCACCAGGAGGGUUUCGGGGAGCUCAUCAUGUCAGGCAAGAACAUGCGGCUCAGCUCCCUGGCGCUCUCCAGCUUUACCGCCCGCCCCAGCGCCGGCUGGAUCGAGACCCUGCGCAAGAAGAAGGGCAGCGACGGCAGCACCGCCCGCGGCCGGCACCCCCGCCGGCAGCCCCAGCGGCACGGCCGACAAAACGCUCAAG